UUUACUUUCAGAUUCAAGUCCCCCCUUCUCUUGUUACAUGGCAUGGGUAUACAUAUUCCCCAGAGGCCGGUACUGCCCAGUGGGCCCUCAUGACUCUCAUCUACGCCAACCGACUACACCACAUGCUAGUUCGAAUACGUAUUCAUGUGUCCGUGGCAUCGCACGUGACAAUUUCGUACCCGCUGAGAUGUUGCAAGUGUUCUCCCUUGGAUUAUCAAGCCCUCUCGCUCAUCCUAUUAAUAUUUAUGAGUCGUUUUCUGUUCGUGAUGGCUGGGAGCCACUCCGUAAUUAUCUAUUUAGGCGCUCAAGAGAUGAUCCAGCCAUGAUUUCUCAGGGUUGCUCUUCCCUGCCACUUUGUAGCCCGUGCCGUGGAAUAUUUGUGACCCAAUUUUUUUUUAUGGACGUUGAUCUUUGGAUAAAAGAGGAAAAAGGAUCUGACAAACAGUUGUUUAGUGGGUAUGUCGAAUUUGACACUUCUUUGGCUGGAUUUGGAUACAGGCUGUCGGGACGGUUUCAGGGUGAAUGUCAUGGCUUGGACAUGAGAUAUGCUUUGCUAGGUGACGGCAUUGAGACUGUUAUAGAGGUAAAGGCAGAAGCAAAACAACCAUCAGAUGUGAGAAUCAGUGCCUCAACUAGUGGGUUUGAUGAUGAGAUUUCACUAUAUGAUGGAAAGUUUUGUGGAAGUGGGUCCAUGUUCAAGCAUAUCGUGGCUGUGAAGAAGCGAGGGGAAUUGCGUGUUGUUUUGAAAAUGGGUGACUAUACAUACAAAUGGACUUUUAAGGCUGGAGUUGGAGUUGUUUUAGCACCCGAACACCCAGUUUCCGGUUUCACUGAGUAUUUUGUCAUGAAUGUGUCUUUUAGAACAAGGGGCAAAAAAGCAUCAGCUUGGCAGUGGAGUUGCAUAUGCAAUCACGUUUGUGUAUCGAAAUCGUGUCUGUAGAGUAGCAGGCGCGAACAAGUGCCAUCUGAAGAUAUCGGUCAACUCCUUAACCAUGGAAGGCGUGGAAUUGUGUGUUGCAAUUCGAUUUCUGUACUUGCCAAUGGAUGACGCACUCUUGUUUUUUUUAAUCUUUUUUCCAAAUGAAUUAGAUUUCUUAUUACCUACAAAUUUGUACUGCUGACGUUUAUUUCGUAUCCGUUCCACAGUUUGUGCGUGAUUGGAGCAUUGCGAUGUUCUCAUUUAAUUUCAUUGCCUGA